AUGUCUUCUUCCUGGGGAGACUACUCAGUGGCUGUCACUGACCAAAACAAAGACAUCUCUUCCAUGUCUUUGGCAACACUGUGUGUUAGGACCCCAGAGACAAAGAGCACAGUUCAUCUAAACCUGUCCCUUCCUGUCAGACUUGUUGAGAGGACACCACCUCAGUGUCCACCUCACAAUCAUAGCCUGCUGUUUCCCUACAAGGAAGGGAGCCAGGUAUAUGACUAUAAUCAGGGCACACUGAGGUCUCUCCUCUCUCAAGAACUUGUGAUGGAUUCCCUGGGAAUGCAGACUUCCCUGGGAUUGCUACCUUCAAAUCAGAUAUGUUGUCUAACACAAAGUACAGAAUUCCACAAGUCCUGCACUAGCAGGAACCAAAUAUAUGAGAGCAACCCACCACGUAAGCUUGGGGAUAGUGCAACAGAAGUUCCAGUCCAACAUAACCCUUCACUGACUCCAGCUCCAGCUCAAGAACAACCUGUGAAGAAAAAUGUGGAUGAGAUCAAAGUUGACCAUUCCGAGUCUCUGGAUGCCUAUCAGAAUCCAAUAGUAAACCAGGAUACUCUACUAUGUCCCAUAGAAAACCCUAAGACCCCCCAAUUCCAAGCCUUCAUUGACUCUCUCAGCCAAGAGCAGCAGCCAGGUUUCGAUAAUAAUGGCCUGGGAAAGAAGAAUCUGUGCUUUGAGGAUCAAGAAACACUGAAAAGUGGUAUAGAACUUAACAAUAUUUUUACAGACAUCACCACAUGGGUGGAAGAUGAACAUCUUCCCCCACUCUUUGAAUCCUUGAUAGACAUUGACCAACCCAACUAUCCUCAGGCAAUCAACACCACAGAUACCAUCCCCCUGAAUCAGGCACACAAAACAUCUAGUCACAGAAGGUUCCCCUCUAAUAAAAUGAAGAAGAACAAAAAGAAGGCCUUAGAUCCUGUUGAGGGUGAGCCCCAGGAUAAAAUUAAACUAAAUAUUCCAGUCAGGUUUUUAGGGAAAGAAGUGAUCAUAGUCAAUGCAGUAGCCAAUGAGAGGGCUCAUGUGAACAUGGCCAAACUGAACCACACGCCUCAGAAGAUUAGGUCCAACAGAAGCAAGUCCCAGAAUCACAGGCAGGAAAAGAUGAGAAGAGUCAGAGAGAACAAUAACAAGAAAGCUGAUGAGAGUAGGCAGCCAGGAACCAAAGUUGAAGCAGAAGGUAAGUCAGUCAUUCCACACACACACACAAAACGAAAGACAAAUCCCACUGAGCUUAGCCAAGAGCCCUUUAAAAAGCCCAGAAGCUGCUUAGGCACGCAAAUGUUGGAGUCAGUGCAAGUUAGCCAUGUUCUAGGGAAGAAGAGUGAUCAAACACCUGGACUCUCUUCUUCUAGAACCCUAGGUAACUCAAAGAAGCCCAAAGACUUCCAGCCAUCCUCUGCUCACAAACCAAGACCAGAUGCUAUAGGCAAAGGAAAAAGUCUUGAGCGAACUCCAAUCAAAACCCAGAAAUCAAGCAGCAGUGCUGAAGAGAAAUGUCCAUCUCUUUCCCUAUAUGAUCUGCCACCUCCUGGGAAGAUCAAACUGAUCCCUUUGCCUUUUUUAAACUUGGACAAGCAUCCUGCUCGACCUGUUUCUCAGAGGCGACAAUCUCUGGCUGCACACUGUCCUGCUGCAGCUCACCCUGCCCAAAUUGGUUCUACCACUUCAAGUCAAGGAAAUUCUCUCUUUUCAUCCAGGAAAACUCCUGCAUCUUUGACAGGUCUGGCCAGACGAGCUCGGCCCAUUAAAGACAACUCAGCUCAACCAGAUUGGAAGCAACCCCCUAGCCGGCCUAUCCCUCACUCUGCGUCUUCUAGACCUGCUCCAACUAAGACAUCAGCGUGCACUUUUCUCCAGAGGAAGCCAGGGUCCACCUCUGUGACCAAGUGCCAGUCUACAGCCAAUGCUCAGAAUCAGUUUCUAUUGCAAGACUUCAGUGUUCAGCCAAUUCGUUGGAGAAAGCCCAAUGUGCCAGGACCUGUCAUUUCAAUGCCAGCUCCAAAGAGUAGAGACCAGAGCAUGAGGCCAUGA